UGACUCGGCAGCCGGGGGCGGAGCGGGCAGGGAGCCGGCGGGGAGCGGGGCGCGGCCGUGCAGCCCGCGGUGAUGAUGGAGGUGCUGGCGUUGGGCUUGGCGUGCUGCCUGCUGCGAGCGGCCGACGCCGCGUUCCCGGUGCCCGCGGGCGCUGCGGGGCGUCGUCCGUGGGACGGAGGAGGACGGGAAGAAGAAGCGGCGGCGCUGCGGGAAAGCGCUAAAAGAAUUAGAUUACUGAAUUUGCCAUCAAAUGAUAAUGGAUCUGCUUUCUAUGGAAAAAAUCAGUUUUCUCACCUCUUUCCUGAAGAGUUCAAAGCUAUUUACUUAAGAAGCAUACCUCACAAACUCCCCAGAUACAUAAAAGUGCCAAAGGGAAAUGAAAAACCUUUGCCAAAGAAGUUUGACUGGAGGGACAAGAAAGUCAUUGCAGAAGUGAGAAAUCAGCAGACAUGUGGAGGCUGCUGGGCUUUCAGUGUUGUGGGUGGUAUAGAGUCUGCCUAUGCAAUUAAAGGAAAUAAUCUGGAAGAGCUCAGCGUACAGCAGGUUAUCGAUUGUUCGUACAGUAAUUAUGGUUGCAGUGGUGGUUCCACAAUAACUGCUUUGAGCUGGCUGAAUCAGACAAAAGUCAAACUUGUGAGAGAUUCAGAGUACACUUUUAAAGCUCAGACAGGACUGUGCCAUUAUUUUGCUCACUCGGAUUUUGGAGUUUCAAUUACAGGAUUUGCUGCAUAUGACUUCAGCGGCCAGGAAGAGGAGAUGAUGAGAGUACUUGUUGACUGGGGUCCGCUGGCAGUGACAGUAGAUGCAGUUAGCUGGCAGGAUUAUCUUGGUGGGAUCAUACAGUAUCACUGCUCCAGUGGAAAAGCAAAUCAUGCUGUACUUAUCACUGGUUUUGACAGAACAGGUAGCAUCCCUUACUGGAUUGUACAGAACUCUUGGGGCCGUACGUGGGGAAUAGAUGGCUACGUUCGUGUUAAGAUAGGCAGCAAUGUCUGUGGAAUAGCAGAUACAGUUUCAUCAGUGUUUGUUUGAUUCUGGCUAAAGACCAGGAUUAUCAUUUGGCAUAUGCUAUACAUGAAGAUUUUACUUCAAAGCAACGUUUCCUAAAAUAAGAACAAACUGUAUGAAGAGUUCCUGCUUUUUAGGCACAACAGGAAGUGGUCGGUUGGAAUUUUUAAGUAUGUUUUUAUUUGGCACGUGUGUUAUGUAUCAAAUCUCCCACGGAAUGAGAAGACUUCGAAUCAACCACAGAGCGUGCAGAAGGAAGUUGCAAAGAGGAAUUGAAACUACUAAGGUGAACUUAAGUAAUAAAUAGUAAAAAGUACAUUGCUUAAAAAAUUGUUUUGAAGAAAGAAGUAGUAGCAAAUAAGGAAUUUGAACCCAACAAUCGGUGGUAUGAUGGAGUAUAAUCAAAAUGCUUUGAACAUCAGAAGCACGAUGAUUGUCAGCUUUUUAUUAGGAGAGAAGGGUGCUAGAAGAAAAGUUGUGUUUAUGCUACCUGUUUUGGCUUUUCUAGCAUCUCUGGUUGACACACGUUUUUGUCUUCCUCCUUUUUGUGAAAUCCUACAUUUUUCUCUAAAACUAGAUGAACAGAGGAGUGAAAUAGUGUCAGCGGUUUACGGGCUGGUUUGGCCCAGUUCCGUGACCAGCAGGGCGGAGGGAUCCACAGAUCCGCGCCUCUGGAAAA